GUUCGCCUUCUUCCUUGCGCCCUAUCCAGUCACGUGACCUCCUGUACGCCCCUCUGUCCUCUUUUCCCGGCGCUCUCUGGUGACGUCACUGCUGUCAGUUCCAGCAUCAGGCGUGUGUCCUUCAGCUCCCAGGUGUAUUAGCAGACAUGGCCUCCGGUAGUCGGCAGCUCCUUGCCAGAUGCAUGUCAUCCAGCGCCGCCGCCAAGAAGCUCGCCAUCAAGCACGUAACGGUGAUCGGAGGAGGCCUGAUGGGAGCCGGGAUAGCACAGGUGGCUGCAGCAACCGGACACACUGUAGUAUUAGUGGACCAGACGGAUGACAUCUUGAAGAAGUCCACCAAAACUAUUGAAGACAGCUUGAAACGAGUCACCAAGAAGAUGUUUGCAGACAAGCCUGAGGCUGCUUCUCAGUUUAUUGAGAAAACCCUGUCCCACUUCAGCACCAGCACAGACCCGGCGGCCGUGGUACACAGCACGGAUCUCGUGGUGGAAGCCAUUGUGGAGAACCUGGAAGUGAAAAACGAACUCUUCAAGAGACUGGAUAAGUUUGCCCCAGAACAUACCAUAUUUGCCAGCAACACCUCCUCAUUGCCAAUAACUGACAUCGCCAACUCCACAACCAGGCAGGACCGGUUUGGAGGGCUGCAUUUCUUCAAUCCGGUUCCAUUGAUGAAGCUGGUUGAGGUCAUUAAGACACCGAUGAGCAGCCAAACGACUUUUGAUUCUCUGAUAGAUUUCAGUAAAGCACUUGGAAAGACUCCUGUGUCAUGUAAGGACACCCCUGGGUUUGUUGUCAACCGUCUCCUGGUGCCCUACCUAAUGGAAUCUGUCCGUCUUUAUGAAAGAGGUCAUGCAUCCAAGGAAGACAUUGAUGUGGCAAUGAAAUUGGGAGCCGGUUACCCAAUGGGUCCCUUUGAACUCCUGGAUUAUGUUGGACUUGACACUAGCAAAUACAUCAUUGAUGGUUGGCACCAGAUGGAGCCUGAAAACCCCCUUUUUGCUCCCAGUGAGUUGCUGAAUAAACUAGUUGCGGAGAAGAAACUGGGAAAGAAGACUGGAGAAGGCUUUUAUAAGUACAGAUAGUUUCCUUUGCUGCACUGUGAACCUACGGUAUAUUUUCUACAGUCUCUCUUGCUUGCUAUAUGAUUGCUAUGACCAUUUUUCGGAUCACUUCAUACGUCCAUACUCUAGUGCCUUACAGCAAGGAUUAUCUUUUUAUGAUCAAAAUCCGUUUGUACAUCGGCUUACAACGUUAAUAUGUCAUAACCAAGCUGGAGUCAAUAAAAACCAGUCGUGUGACGCUG